UAUUUGGGUGCGUUCUGCUGCAGUUCAUCCCCGGGCCACAGCGGGGAGACAGACGCUGACGCUCAAACAGGAAACGCAGGUUUUAAAUGGCUUUGUUUUCUUCCCUUCCCCCAAAAAUCAUCCCCAAAUCAUCCUAAACUACACAAAAAUCCUGCACAAAUUGCAUCAAAACCGCUCCGCACGAUGUUUGACAGGAGUUCUUCUCAGCCGCCCUCAGACUCUGGACAUAUACCUCCAUUUCCUUCAUUGUGUCCCUACAUAGAUCCAAACGACCCAAACCAACCAGGAUUUUACAAAGAAAACCCACAAUUCUACCAAAACUAUCACCAAACCUAUAACCAAAACUACUCCCAAAAUUACUCCCAAAACCAAGGAUCACCUUACCAACCACCACAAACUAAUUCUCAAUAUUUCAAACAGUUUUCAAAUAUACAGCCUCAAACUGCUCAAAAUCUGCACCACGGCGCCGAGUAUAACGUGUAUAGUAAUUACCAUCCAACACAAAAUGGAGGACAGUUGUACAUGGACCCGAACGGGCAGCAAAGUGACAGAUUGAACCAACAAAACAUGAAAACUGAAAACGAAGAGACUACGCCGAACGGGCCAACCACUGUUCCAGUCUUUGUAGGGAAGAAAAAACGUGGUCGUCCGAGUAAAAAAACACCAGAUUCUGCUGAAGUGUCGGAUGAACAGGAAGUGCAGAAAAAGAAGAGAAACCUGAACCGAUUUGAUGGUUUGUCUGUGGAGGAAGUGAUGUCACGUACACUGCCUGACGUCAUCGAGGAGAACCUGGACAUCCUCAUCAUUGGGAUUAACCCUGGAUUACUGUCUGCGUAUAAAGGACACCAUUACCCCAACCCCGGGAAUCACUUCUGGAAGUGCCUGUUCCUGUCUGGUCUUACAGACAAACAGCUGAACUUUCUGGACGAUACGAGUUUGCCUCAAAAACACGGAAUCGGAUUUACCAACAUGGUGGAGCGGACUACCCCAGGGAGCAAAGACCUGAGCAGUAAGGAGAUCCGAGAGGGCGGCAAACAGCUGUUGGAGAAGCUGCAGAAGUACAGACCGCUCAUCGCAGCGUUCAACGGCAAAGGCAUCUAUGAGAUCUUCUGUAAAGAAACGUUUGGGGUCAAAGCUAAAAAUCUAGAGUUUGGACUUCAGCCAUACAAGAUCCCUCAAACUGAAACGGUUUGCUUUCUGAUGCCAUCCUCUAGUCCACGCUGUGCUCAGUUUCCCAGAGCUCAGGAUAAAGUUCAUUUUUACAUUAAACUGAAGGAGCUGAGAGAUGGCCUGAAGGGGGCGGUACAGAGUAGAGAGGUGGAGGAGACACACUACACCUUUGACCUGCAACUGGCCAAAGAGGAUGCGAGGCUUUUGGCGAUUAAAGAGGAGCAGGUGGAUCCUGAGUAUGAGAGCUAUGCUAGAGACUUGUCUGAACCCAACACAGACACAAAACGCUGAGACAGAGAAACAACAGGAACAACAAGAACAACAAAAUCUCAGGGACUGAUGAUGGAGAUAAUGAGAUCAGAAGAGGAAGUUUACUUUCCAGCACUGUUGUAAACCCUAAUUUAUUAUUUAACAUUUUAAUGGUGCUAUCACAAAAGCUGCUCCAUCAUGUGAGUUUGCAUGUUCUCCCUAUGUCUGGGGGGAUUUCCUCUGGUUUCUUUCAUAAACCCAAAACAUACAUAACAGCACAAAUCCUCCAGCUAAGAUAGUCCUGACCAAGACUAGCACAAGAUCUGGAGAUGGGUCCACAAGUGGUGUACUCCUGACACCUUACCCCAGGGUCUAAACCAGAACUAAAGGACCAACCCCAGGCUACAUCACCUUAGGACUAAAUUGGAAACAAACCAGGACUGGAGCAGAACACAGCUUAAACAACUUGCAGACAAAAAUACCUGUAAUUUUUUUAUUUAAAAUAUUGACAAUGUUGAUCUAAUGGUUUUGUAUGAGUUGAUUAAACUUAAUCAAACCU